AUGCCCGACAUCAACCUUCAAGAGAUCCAUGACACUCUCGUGGAGGUCGCCUUCGAGGCCGGCCGCAUGAUCCUCGCCGCCAACCCCAACAACAUUGACAAGGGGUCGAAGAUGAACUCUGCCGACAUUGUCACCGAAACCGACCAAGCCGUAGAGCGUAUGGUCUCCACUACCCUCCGCUCCAAAUACCCCUCCUUCUCAUUCGUCGGCGAAGAGACCUACGUCGCCGGUGAAACCAAGGUCACCUCCGCCCCGACCUUCAUCGUCGACCCCAUUGACGGUACCACCAACUUCGUCCACGGCUACCCGCACGGCUUCUGCAUCUCGCUCGGCUUCGCCCUCGACCGCCGCCCCGCGGUGGGCGUAGUCUAUAACCCUGCUCUCGACACGCUUUGGACGGCCAUCAAGGGACAGGGCGCCUACUGUCAGCGCAACGCCUCUCUCGAACCAGGAAAGGGACAGGGGCCAAAGCAAAAGUUGCCGCUGAAUGGGGGGCAGCCGCUAGGAGAUCUUUCUACGGCCCUGGUGGCGGUCGAGUGGGGUAGUCAGCGCGAGGGAAAGAAUUUUGACAUCAAGACCAGGGUGUUUAGACAGUUGACGGCUGCCAAGGAGAAUGGCGGGUGUAUGGUGCACAGCUUGCGCAGCUUGGGCAGCGCGGCCUUGAACAUUUGCGCGGUGGCGGCCGGUCAGGUCGAUACGUACUGGGAGGGCGGGUGUUAUGCGUGGGAUGUGACGGCGGGCUGGUGUAUUCUCGAGGAGGCGGGUGGGAUCAUGGUUAGUGCAAACCCGGGGGAUUGGAACCCGGAGUUGGAUUCAAGGCUAUAUUUGGCCGUUAGGGGGGCGGAGAGCGGACAGAAGGAGAUUGUGGAGGAGUUUUGGGGGGUUGUUGGGGAUGAUAGGAUGGAAUAUAAGCACUAAUGGUUGGUGAACAUGAAGCGGUCAUGGGUACGGGCUUAGGUUAUCAGGCAUUGGGUCAAGUAAUGAGCAGGCAUAUUGGGUUUGGAAAGAUGUCGACUAGAUGAGUUAAGGCUAUCGUUAGAAGGGCUGGAUUGGGGUGCGAUAUCCAGCACAGGGUCGUUCGCCCGUCAGCAGUGUGAGUGACAGCUGCAUCACGAUCCUAUGGUCAAUCAAAGAGAAAAAGUGAUUUCGUUCUUAGACGUCGAUAGAUGUAGCAGGGUACGUUGC